AUGAGUUAUAUGUUGUCUCAUUUAACGAGCGCCUGGCAGGUGGACCAGGCCAUUGUUCGAGAGCAGGAACGGCUGGUCGUAAUUCGUUUCGGGCAUGACUGGGACCGCGAAUGCAUGAAAAUGGAUGAAUUGUUAUACAAAGCCGCUCAUGACGUUAAAGACUUUGCCGUCAUCUAUCUAGUCGAUAUCGAUCAGGUUCCGGACUUCAACGCAAUGUACGAACUAUAUGACCGAGUGAAUGUCAUGUUCUUCUAUAGGAACAAGCACAUGAUGAUCGACUUGGGCACCGGUAAUAACAAUAAAAUCAACUGGGCCAUGAACGACAAGCAGGAGCUCAUAGACGUGUUCGAGACAAUAUACAGAGGGGCAAGAAAAGGGCGGGGAUUGGUGAUCAGUCCAAAAGACUACAGCACAAAAUACAGAUACUAA